GUGUUACACAGCUCAAUCCCCUGUAGCCACCACCACCAGAACCAUCACCCCCAACUCCAACUCCAACAUCCAAAAUGCAACUCACCCUCCCCCUCCUCCCCCUCCUCACCCUCCUCACCACCCUCACCACUCUCACCACCGCCACCACCACCUCCACCAUCGUCGGCGUGCUCAUCCCCGACUGGUCCGUGACCAUCCCCAGCUACACCUCGACCGGCGCCACCGUCGUCAGCAUCAACGCGCUCGAAACGACCUACAAAGUCAGCUGCCUCAGCGGCGCCGCCACCUCGCUCUGCCACAUCGACCACCCCUGGACCAUGAUCCAGGGCGAAACCACCGCCAGCUUCACCGGCGUCUACACGGCCUGGAGCUCCGGCAGCGACGCCGUCACCGCCACCCGCGACUGGGCCUGUUCGUUCACCUCCCUCACCGAGUCCGUCUCGUGUUCCCUGAGCUAUCAGGCGACCGGCACCUAUGAUGGCUCUACCUAUGCCACGUCCACCUCCACCAAGGCCAAGUUUGCGACCGAUAAGGUCCAGUAUGAUGAGUUGUUGGUCACCGGGGGGGUCAAUUCGUUCACGGCGCCCGCGGCUACGGAAACCCCGGGGGUUGCUGCGGGGGGUGUCGUGGGGCCCGCCAGGGCGAUGGUUACGGCUGCGGUGGUGGCGGUUGCGGCGGCGGUUAUUUAGGUUGGAUAUAUAGUAUAAGUAGGAUGAUGGGGUUGGGGAUGUGAGGAGGUGGGAUGAGGUGGAGUUUUGAUACCCUUUUUUGUUGUGUGUGGAGAUGAUACUUGAUUGAUGUCGCUUAUGUGCGGAAUGAAUGGCUGAGAUGAAAUGAUGUUUAUUUACCCUUACUUUUGUUCUUGUUCUUGUUCUUGUUUUUGUCUAUGUAUGGUGUGGUGUGGUUCGUAGGUCAUCUUGUAGAUUGGGACUGUGUGAGUUCAACAGGAGCAAAAGAAAACAAAAAAGUCAAUUUUUGCCAGAUAUGAUGUGAAAAUGCCGGGAAUCCAAUCCUGGC